AUAAAAAAUACUUAAUGAAUGAAAAAUAGUGAUAAUAGAAUGGGUAACUGACUCUAACUAGUUGAAAGAUCAAACCUAACUAGUUGGUAGAUUCGAGGACAAGGACAAACGCUUAUUUGCGGCUUCGCAUAAGAUUUCGUAGAGGAGAAUAGAGGAAUCAUCAUCAGAAAUUUUUUAUUAUUUAUUUUGUUUUAAAUUUUCUGGGUUAUUAGUAUUUUUACUUACUUAUUUUUUAUUUUAAGUUUAAAAUAUGAGGUGGCAUACACAUAGCUGUCAUAUUUUUGCCACAUCAACAAAAAUCAAUGUCAAGUUGAUCAUCAUCUGGUCAUACAUUAUCUAUGACGGUCAACGAAAUCAUCAGGACAUAAAUGACAAUUAUCACAGGUUAAGACAAUUUUAAAAUAUUGUCGAAUACUUCUGAACACAAAUAACAUUUUAUGGUUUGAUGGUGGUAUUAGCCCAAGAAAAUAUGAUUGAUAUAGCCAAAAAUUGGAGUCACUCAACCACCAUGGGAAGAGAAGACAAGGGUUUGCUUUCGCCGCGGAUAUGCAUUUUCGAGUCACCCAACCACCACCACCACCACUCCGACGAAGAAAAGGCGCAGUUAGACGAAUAGUUAACACUCGGAUCACACCACCACCACCACUAACCAACCCCACGCCACCGGGACUGGAACCCAAGAAGAAGCAAUAAAUCAGCAAAAUCCCACCCUCAUUACCUAGUAAUAAUUAAUGUUAAUGCGCACUGUCGUCACCACCCAGUCCACGUGCCGAACAGUGAUUCGGUCAAGCCAAAAGCCAUUUACGACAACGCUGUCCGUUUCCUGCCCAAUUCCACAGCCCAGUGCGGUGGCCCCCGGCCGCCGUUGUCCUUUUCCCGCCAUCCUGACACCCCUCCGCACUCCCUUCCCUCGCUCACGACGCAGAAACGGAACCCCAACGGUGGCAUUCUCGGGGUUUUGUUUUCUUCCUCAUCGCUCUUUUUUCCUCCUUUCUUUUCUCAACUUUCUUUAAUCGUCUCCACCAUCCCAGAGUCCUUCUCCAUAAACCCUCCUCUAUCCCCCACUCUGCCUUCUCCAUUCCUGCGGGCUGAGUUAGUUUCCUAUAUUCAGCCGGAGAAGAGAGCAGAUUUUGCCUCAUCGGGCUGCCUAACAGCCGUGCCCGGACUGACUUCCUGUCCUGCACGAUGGGGAGAAAAUCGGGAAUGUAAAAGGAGAGACUUUAUUUUGGCGUCAAAUACCAGUUACCUAUAAUAAGAAACCCAAUAAAGGCAGGGGCUUUCUCCUUGGAUUUGGCUUUCCUUUCAACUUUCUGGACCAGACCAGAGAGAGAGACAGAACUCCCAGAUUUGAUUUUGGACGGAGAAUGAGAUUAUGGACUUCUGGCCGGAAUUUCUCGCCAGCAGCUGGGGGAAAGAAUUCGUCGCCGGCGGGUUCGGAGGCACAGCCGGAAUAAUCGCUGGGUACCCGCUCGACACCUUGCGCAUCCGGCAGCAGCAGACCAAUUCAGGGUCCUCCGCUCUCAGCAUUCUUCGCCGGGUUCUUGCCACCGAUGGCCCUGCCGCCUUCUACAGAGGCAUGGCCGCCCCGCUCGCCGCGGUCACCUUCCAGAACGCCAUGGUGUUCCAGACCUACGCCAUACUAUCACGAGCUUUCGACCCUCCAUCGUCACCCAACGAGCCUCCAUCGUACAAAGGCGUAGCCCUAGGUGGAGUCGGCACCGGAGCUCUGCAGAGCGUGCUGCUCUCGCCGGUGGAGCUACUCAAAAUCCGCCUCCAACUACAAGACACAAGUCAUUCAAAACAACCCAAUAAGCCAAGCACCUGCAGAGGUCCAAUAACCGUGGCCAAGUACAUAAUCAGAACAGAAGGGGCAAGAGGAUUAUACAGAGGGUUUACCAUAACUGCCCUGAGAGAUGCGCCCUCUCAUGGGUUCUAUUUCUGGACGUAUGAGUACAUGAGGGAGCAGCUCCACCCGGGUUGCAGGAAGAAAGGUCAGGAGAGCUUGCAGACCAUGCUGCUAGCUGGAGGGCUGGCUGGUGUGGCAAGCUGGGUCUGUUGCUACCCGUUGGAUGUUGUCAAGACCAGAUUGCAAGCACAGACUCCGAGUUCCACUAAUCCAUACAAAGGGAUCAUGGAUUGCUUGGCGAGGAGUGUGAGGCAGGAAGGUUACAGUGUGCUCUGGAGAGGGCUAGGGACUGCCGUUGCGAGAGCCUUUGUUGUGAAUGGAGCUGUCUUUGCUGCUUAUGAGACGGCGCUGAGGUGUUUCUUCAGCAAUGGGAACAUUCAGACUGAGAACACCAUCUACAGCACGGAUUAGCCUCCCUUUCGUUUGAGAGGAUCCUGCAUUCCUUCGUAUCGGUAAUUCAAUAUCAACCAUCAAUCAUUCUUCAGGCACAAUCCAUGGAACAAUGGAGAAGAGUCACCUGAGAGGAAACUUGAAAGCCUCUACUACCCUAUCACUUAAUUUCUAGGAUUGUUGCAGCAUUCAGUACGACAUGCGAUCUUCUCAUCUCAAGAGAAUGUACCAUGGUUAAACAAAAAUCAUGGCAAAUCAGCAAGAAGCCUUGCAAUUAGCUUAUUAUGCAUCUCUGCUGGCUCUGAUGUCUUUGGUCCUGCUUAGGAGAAGCCACCAUCGGUGGUGCCCUACGUGAAAUUCUGAUAUACAAAGUUUAUUUCAAUAAAGAAAGGCAUGCUGCAGCAACAGAUUCCAACCCCCUUUCUUUUUUCCUGUGAAUGGCACUGCGAUUUGUUUCUUCAGCAUCACACAUCUGAUUGCAAGAGGAAAAUCUUUCCACUAUAACGAUAGAAUGUAUCCAUUCACUACUGUAACUCCGGAAAGUAUGACCAACUGGCAAAUCAACCUCCAAAACUGAAGGGAUAAAAUGGACUACGAUCAUUCAUAUACCCAAGGAACCAAAAUAGGGCAGAUGCAGUACAACACGCAAGAGUGCCCUAUCACAGAGACCAAUAACAGGAAGCUUGCCAGUUUGUUGAAGAAUGCCCCACUCUACCCCAAAUAUAAACAAUACAUGAACUUCUCUGCGUAACAUUGCCAAGUUUCUUUUUCACAUUUAAGAAACUCAUCCAAUUGUUUUCCUGCCAAGGAACUGGAAACCUGGUACCGCAUACAGUAGUAACGUAGUGCAGGAAGUUCCAGCUUCCUGCAUCCUCUGCAAGAACCCUUAACAUUCACAGACUCACAUUUUUCACUAGUGUUCUUUGAGCCAGACCCAAGCCUGAGGCCAUCAGUAAAUGCAGAAAGAUAACAAGCUAUUUCAGAGGUAAGACAAUAUUCACUAAUCAGUAUGGAAAUCGGAAAUGAGGGGUCCUAGGAAGCAUAAUGGAUGUCAGAACUUCCAAGGGCUUGAGAGACAAGAAAGAAGUCAACAUUGGACAAUCGAAAACAGAACAUGUAGAAAAGGCAUAGUGCAGGAGGCAAGUGACUUGCUACCAGCUGAUCAAUUCCAGAAGCUUUCUCAAAACCCAAAGAUCGUUCAAGUAAAUAGGAAAAUUCAAUUCUUCUCCACAUCACUGUGGACACCUUAACAAGCUAGUUACAAUGUACAGAAUGUGUAAUGUAGACAGUAGACUCUUUCCAGCGUUCACACAUCAAAGGACUUGAGGUGGCAAUUGGGAGUCAUGAACAAUAGUUCGACAAGGGAAAUGAUUCUUCUGGAAUCCGCAACAUAAUUAACAAUCGGGCCCUAGUCCUCACCAACAAUUCCAGAAAGCAAAUCCAACAACGAUUCCUUCAUCCCUUGUCAGCAAAUCACAGAGCAAUUCGAAAAGAUCCGGUUUUUUCCUUCUCGAUACCAAGUACACUAACAGAAGUUCAUUAAAAGCCAUUAAUAUUA